AACCCUCUCUUUGUUUCCACUUCCAUAAUUUUUUCUCUUGUAAAACGUCUAUUUGUGAUUGAUAUGCUACUUGUUUGUUCUUAAUUUCUUUCUGGUUCUUUUUUUGGUUUAUGUAAAUUCAUGAGUCAACUCUACAACACAUCUUUUGACUUUCAGGUUGAAGGGACACCUGAAAGACCAAGACUCUGUGUCUUCCGUUCCAACAAGCAUAUUUAUGUUCAAGUCAUUGAUGAUUCCAAGAUGCACACACUGGUUUCUGCUUCAACGAUGCAGAAACCGAUCUCUGAGGAAUUCGACUACUCUGCCGGUCCCACUGCAAAGGCUCAUCAUAACAAGCUUUGUUGGCAAGAAGUGGCAAAGAAAGUGGGAAAAGUUAUAGCUAAGGCCUGUCUAGAGAAAGGGAUCACUAAAGUAGCCUUUGAUCGCAGAGGUUAUCCUUACCAUGGACGGAUUGAAGCUCUCGCUGAAGCUGCACGAGAAACCGGCCUUCAGUUUUAGAAAGUGGUUUCUUUGUUCUUAUUUUUUGUUGUGCAAAUGACCUUUUUUAAUCUUCCUAUUUGUUCCAGUUUGUAAACUCAUAUCUAAGAAUAGAUGAACUGGAAAUUUUAUGUAUGAUCUGCAAUUCUUUUUGCUUUAUAGCUCA